AUGGGAUCAGAUAGGAGAUGGAUGUAUGCUAGGUUAAAAGACGGCCUACUGACCACAGAAUUCGUAGAAGGUAUUGAACAAUUCAUAACAUUUGCUAAGCAACAUCUAGAAUGGAUGGAUGGGGAUAAACUGAAGUGCCCAUGUAAUCAUCGAAAGUUUCAGAAUCGUUACUAUGUUGACGAAAAUACAAUUAGGUUAUAUUUGAUGAAGCAUGGAUUCGUGCCAUAUUAUUAUAAAUGGAUUCUACAUGGGGAGCCCCGCACAAGUAAUGUUAAUAGUCAAAACAUAAAUGUUAUUAUAGAAGAACUUAUUCAAGAGGUUGAUAGUAGCACAAGCAAUACAUAUGAGCAAAUGGUAAUGGAUGCAGCGGGUUUUGGUUUCUUCCAGGAUGUAAUAGAGGAGCCUUCAAAUCCAUCAGAUCAAAAGUUGUAUGACAUGUUACAAGCUGCUAAUCAAGAGGUGUGGCCAGGUUGUGCAACUCAUUCACAGCUCUUAGUUGUUGCAAGGAUGUUGAACGUCAAGGCAGAACAUCAUUUGUCAAAAAGGUGUUUUGAUGACAUCUGCCAACUUAAGAAAGAGGUGUUACUGGAUGAUAAUUUAAUGACUGAAAACUUUUACAGUACAAAGAAGUUGGUCCAAGCAUUGGGCCUACCGGUUGAGAAGAUUCAUUAUUCAAAAGAAAUGAGAUGGCAUGCUGAGCAUGACUAUGAACAUGGGGUAAUGCAUCAUUGUUUAGAUGCAGCUAUGUGGAAGCAUUUUAAUAAGACACAUCCUUUAUUUGCUGCUGAGGUUCGGAAUACCCUUAUUACAGAGUUGAAACAGUUGUGGGAAGUUGGAGUUGAGACAUAUGAUGCAUCUAAGAAGAAUAAUUUUAAUAUGAGGGUUGCGUUAUUAUGGACAAUAAGUGAUUUCCCUGUAUAUUCAAUGUUGUCCGAUUGGAGUAUAGCUAGCAAGACUACUUAUCCAUAUUGUAGGGAAGAUUCAGAUGCAUUCACAUUGACAAAGGGUGGUAAACAAUCAUGGUUUGAGAAUCACCAUAAAUUCUUACCAGCUGACCAUCCUUUCAGACGGAACAAAACUGCUUAUAGAAAGAACAAGACAAUUACAAAAAGUGCUCCCCCCAUUCUCUUUGGUGAGGAGAUUCUAGAACAAAUAGAACAUUUAGGAUUAAUGUGUGUCACAGAUAUGGGUGCAGAUGAGAAUAACAGUCGCAAACGAAAAAAUAGGGGGAAGACAAAAGACAAUGCAAAAUCAAGGGAAGAUUUGAAAGUCAUCUGUCACCGACCUGAGUUGGAGAGGAAUAUGGUAAUAGGAAAGUACCCUAAAGCAUGUUACACAUUAGACAAGCAAUUAAAAGCAAUGUUGUGUGAAUGGCUUAAAAAUCUUAGAUUCCCAAAUGGUCAUGUGUCAAACAUGGGUAGCUGUAUAGACAUGCGAAAACUGAAGUUGUUUGGGAUGAAAAGUCAUGACUGUCAUGUCUUUAUGCAGAGAUUACUCCCAAUAGCAUUCAGGGAAUUGCUUCUACAAAAUGUGUGGUAG